AUGACAAGAGAAGAGCUCGCCCGGACUGACAAAGAAGAAAGCGUGCGCGCGUUUGGCAAGCUGGCCAAGAGUUUGGCUGUUCAAAAGCCGCGUGUGCGCACGUCGGCCGCCGAGUUUCCUUCACAGGCCUGGCCCGGACUCAGCUGCAACCAAACUCCUUCUGUCCAGUCACGUCCCCUCUCCCUUGCUCACCCCUUCUCCAGUGUCCCUGCGGCCAGGCUGAGGGCACUGUGCUCCACGGCCACCCUCCGAGGCAGACAGCUGGCUGCUGGACCCUCACACACCAUGGAGGCUCUGUCCAUCCAACUCUUAAAGGACGACAGGGUGUCUUUAGGAAGGCAGGAACAAGAAAACACCAGGAUUGAGGGCCUUUAUCCUUGGGGUGAAGAAGAACAUGAAUGGGAACCUCCACCUUCAGUCCGGAGGAAGGUGUCAUUCGCGGAUGCCUUUGGUCUGGACCUGGUGUCCAUCAAGGAGUAUGAUGAAGUCAACGCUGCUCAGGACCCGGGGCUCACAGAAAAGGAGACGGCGCCACCAGAUGAGUUCUACCUUUCCUGCCUCUUCACAGCACCCUCAUCCGAGGAAGAGCUGGUGCGGCGGUUAGAGUCGCAGAUGGUGGAGCUGGAAAAAGUGGAGCUUCUCCCGGGAACCACCACAUUCCGAGGCAGCGUCCGGGUUCUAAACCUCUGCUUCAGCAAGUCUGUCUACGCCCGAAUAACCCUGGACUGUUGGAAGAGCUACUUCGACCUGCUGGCAGACUACGUUCCGGGAUCUAGUGAUAGGAAAACAGAUCGGUUCACGUUCCAGUACACGGUGGUUCCCCCGCUGGACAAAGGGGGGACCAGAGUGGAGUUUUGCCUGCGCUACGAGACGUCGGCGGGGACUUUUUGGGCUAACAACCAGGAGAUGAACUAUGUCAUGUUCUGCCACCAGAAAAGUGCGGCCAAGCAGCAAGUGCAGGAGGACACUGCUGGAUUGAAGAUGAAGAGGAGUUGCCUCAGAGCCAACAGGAGGGCGAGCACACAGGAAAAGGAGGGUAUUGACACAGUGACACUUGUUGCAGAUGUUGAGGCCCCAUGUGACGCUGAGAAGAGGGAAGAGAGUCCAUCGUUAUUCUCCCCUGCCGAACGCAAACCAUUGGUGGCGAGCCUUAAAAGCCGACAGAGAGCAGCACGCUUGGCGCACGUAAAGGAAAUCUUCUCCCAGAGGUGGGGGCAAGCUUCCUCUCGCGACCCCACCGGAACCCUUCAGCCCUCGGGGGAAUUCUUGCUUAAACGCCAAAGGAAACAAGUACUGACCUAUCAUCAAAUCCCCUUAAUUACACUGGACUGGGACAAUGAUAAGCAGCAGCAGUGGGUGAGCUCGAACGUGAACAACAUCUGGACCGGAAGAACUAAAGUGAAGGAAAAUGCGAAAGGUGGAUUGUCUGUUAAUGAUAUUUGGGGGACCUUUCUUAACGGGAAAGGUCCUAGCCCAGAUAAUGAAAGUUCUGAAUGUGAUGUAUGGCAGGCGUUUAUAAACGGGCCUCGCUAUGAAGACAACUGCAGCGUUCCUGAGUCCGAAUGGCUGCAGACCGCGGCCUCGGUUCCUUCGACAAGUGAGAUCCGGAAUGUAAGGUUAGCCACCUUGGCAGCCUCAGCUGUCGGUCAGGCGCUCUCACAUGCCUUGCCGGCUCACGUUUCCUCAAACUGUGAGGACAGCAAGCCCUCAGAGACACGUGGGGGUGCUGGCGGAGGCUCGAGAGGUGAAAACACGGUCGCGGUCGGGUCGCACACCCAGCCCGAUGCUACCACCCUCCGGGAAUGCAGCUCUGCGGGGACAAAACUCGUCUCCUGUGGCUCUGUUGACAGCUUAAGAGAGUGUCGCAAGCGUGAAGAAGAGCGGAUAAAAGGAGGACUACUUGGAGACGAAGUCGCCAAACCGCACACUGCUGCCGUAGCAACAAGCUUGAAGGAAUGGACGACAACAGACAUGACAGCAGAGGCUCAGAAUCCCGGUCACGAGGGUGAUAGGAUCUUGCGCCGCGAAAACCCGAAAUUGGAAGACACAGGUGGCGAGCACGAUACGAUGAAUGAAACAGUGGCAUUUCAGGACGGAAUUACAAUUAACAUUACAACGAAAGAACAUCGAGAAUUUGAAAAAAACCUAGCAUCUGGCGCACUGGGUGACUCUGAAAGUCAGGAUAGAUCAAAUGGACAGCAAGAAACAGGCUACAGCCCAACAAUAGAGAACAUCUCACGGAGAGAGAUAGCAAUAAAGCAACAGAGAGGUCAAGACAUUGAGAACUUGAAGUACAGCAUGGAGGACACUUACGUAAAAAGCACUGAAUCAGAGCCUUUUGUGUCUGAAACCGUUGAAGCAAUUGAGUCUAGACUGGAGGGAGGAGAAAUACAAGAUGAUUCGGUCAGGAAAAGAAGCAACACUAAUAUCGACGUAUUAGCUAAAAGCAGCAAUGAUCCAUCAGGAUGCAUUAAGAUCUCCUCAGAAGAAACUGAAGAGUCCACCCAUAGUCUCUCAAGGGGGUCCGGCGGUUUCAUGUGGUGGAGCAUGUUGUACAUCCUUAGCCACAUCACCAGAAUCGUCACUUACGGUCUUGUCGUUGCUGGGUUUUUCAUCGUUAUUGUUCUCUACGACUUUCCAGCUUUCUUUGUGCUCUACAUGUUUUCUAUGGCCUGGUGGUUUUACAAGUGGAGGGGCCGUCAGGGGCCAACAAACAAGGCGAUUGUAAGCUAGGUUGGCGUAGCGACAGAAAAAAUAGCAUGUGGGAAGUGCUUGAAAUUGUAAGCCAUUCCACAGAAACCUUCCUUAAAGUGAUACCGUAAUUCUUGGACUAUCAGGUGCACCUGACUAUGACUAUGUUCAUAGAUAAGCCGCACUGGACUACAAGCCGCAACUGUCCUCACUGAAUUAUGAGAUAUUUACACCAAAAGAUAUUAACCGGCAACACUUGAUUUGACAGCAGCAUCAUAAGACUGUCAUAAGACCAAAUGAACCACCAUGAAGCUUUGAACCCAUUGGCUGCAAAGCUUCAUUGCUUCAAGAAGCUUCAUUUGGCCAUCACUGCUCCCUUGGGGGAGACGGUCAAACUCUGCUGCCACCUGCUGUCAACGCUGUUGUUGUCCAACAUGCCUCUUAGCCAGGGGUGAAAGUGGGCCAGAACGGUCAGGAACACAGUUCUAGUAUAAGAUUCAGGGCCAGAACGCGGUUCCAGUAUAAGAUUCAGGACCGGAAUCAUAAGGGGAGUUCAAGGGGGGGACAGGCCCCCGCUGGUGGCUGAAAAGUGUCAAUGCAUGUAAUUAACUUUUCUAUAAAUAUAUAUAUAUAUUAGGGCUGUCAAAAUUAUCGCGUUAACGGGCGUUAAUUAAUUUUUUAAAUUAAUCACGUUAAAAUAUUUGACGCAAUUAAUGCAGAUGCCCCGCUCAGAGAGAUUUAAAUGACAGUACACAGUGAAACGUUCACUUGUUGUGUUUUAUGGAGUUUUGCCGCCCUCUGCUGGUGCUUGGGUGCGACUGAUUUUAUAGGCGUCAGCAUCCAUGAGCAUUGUGUAAGUAAUUAUUGACAUCAACAAUGGCGGGCUACUAGUUUAUUUUUUGAUUGAAAAUUUUACAAAUUUUAUUAAAACGAAAACAUUAAGAGAGGUUAUAAUAUAAAAUUUCUAUUACUUGUACUAACAUAUUUCUUUCUAUCCAUGCAUCGCUUUAACAGAAUGUUAAUUAUGUUAAAGCCAUCUUGUUUAUUUAUUGUUAUAAUAAACAAAUAGUCCUUAUGUACCGUAUGUUGAAUUUAUAUAUCUUGUGUCUUAUCUUUCCAUUCCAAGAAUAAU